GUGACGUCACCCCAACGUGACGUCACGCCAACAUGACGUCACCCCCCAGCACUCCCCUCAGCCGCAGGCCCAACCCCCACCCCCCCCUCCCCUCCCCCUCCCCCACCACCACAAGCGGUCACCGGGGCGGCCCCACCCGGGGCGGCCCCGAGCGGCUCCCUACGACCUCCCCGUGUCCCCCCAGUCCCUUUCGGUCCCCCCCGGUCCCUCCCAGGCCCCCUCCCGCUGCCCGCGGCCCCCCCCAGCCCGGCCGCCCCUCCGACCUGCCGACCGUCCUCUACGCCGGGCCGCCACCGGAAGGAGCCGCGGGACCGGAAGCGCAAUGCACGCCGGGCCGGCCGCAGAACCAUAGAGACGGCACCAUCCAAACCGUCCCCCCUCACCUUUUACGCCCUUUUACGACAGCUCGGCGGACCCGGCGGCGGGGCGCGCUUGGCGGCGGCGGCGCGCUUGGCGGCGGAGGAGGCCGCCCCGUCAGGAUGAGGCUGAGCACGCAGGCCUACUGCAAGAUGGUGCUGCACGGCGCCAAGUACCCGCACUGCGCCGUCAACGGGCUGCUCGUGGCCGAGAGGCCCCCCCCCGCCGCCUCCCGGCCCGCCAGGGAGCAGGCCGCCGGCCCGGCCCUCUUCGUCGACUGCGUGCCCCUCUUUCACGGCACCCUGGCGCUGGCGCCGAUGUUGGAGGUGGCCCUCAGCCUGAUUGACUCGUGGUGCAAGGAGAACAGCUACGUGAUCGCUGGCUACUACCAGGCAAACGAGCGUGUGAAAGAUGCCAGUCCGAACCAGGUGGCUGAAAAGGUGGCCUCCAGAAUCGCAGAGGGCUUUAACGACACGGCGCUCAUUAUGGUUGAUAACACCAAGUUCACGAUGGAGUGCGUAGAACCGGCCAUCCACGUGUACGAGCUCCAUGAGAACAAGUGGAGGUGCAAAGACCCACACGUCGAUUUCUGCGAAGAUUGGAACGAAGCCCAGAGAAUCGCUGCGUCGCUCUUGGACAGCAAGUCCUACGAAACACUUGUAGAUUUUGAUAAUCACCUGGAUGACAUCCGGAAUGACUGGACAAAUCCGGAGAUCAACAAAGCCGUCCUCCACCUGUGUUAGAGGGAUUCCUACUGACUAACUUACGGGCGUUCCCACUAUGUACUGAAGACAUAAAAAUGAUAUUUUUGAAUGUAAAUAGAGUAAUAUUCAGUACCUUGUGUGGAAAGCUGGCUGAUUAAAAGAGUGGCGCGGCGCGUUGCCACGGGUGACGUGUCCGUAAGCUGUUGAAUCCUUUUCCUGAGAUUCCUUAGAAGAGCUGCACGCCGUCAGGUACAGCUGUCCCUGUGGAUGCCUUCCCCGGUGUAGUGAAUGUUGCUGUUCCUUCAAAACCAGAACUACUUCUGCUUAUCCCCCGGUGUUCAUAUUAAAAGUUUUGACUAAGCUUUUGUACUCCUUAGAGAGAAUGAUUUUUAAAAGAUUUCUGAGAAUAACUUUCAAAAGAUGGGUUUUGUCCUCAGAUGGGGUAUUUUGAGGUCAAAUACAUAAACAAAAUCUAAGGUCAACUGUUUUGUUUUGUUUUUUUCGUGGCUUGGAAAUGGCAUUGUAUCAGUACAGCAAGUGCAGACUGCUGAAGAUGACUUUUUCCAUGCACCUGUCACCUGGUUUGCAGUGGUUUUGUAUGGCACAGCCACAGAAAAUAUGUUAAAGCUGCAUUUUCAAAUGCUACAAUGAUUUUCCUGCUGUCCUGAGGCAUACAACCGCAGUCACUGACUGAGAAAAUUAAACACAAAGUAAAAUCA